AUGGUCUUGACGAACUACAGUGCCGGGGGACUGUCGUAUCUUCAACCUGCGGCGACCGAUGCGGUAUCGUACUACAAGAUCGCGAGUGGCCAACUCAUCACCUUUGCUUGGACCUAUACGUCGCUCUAGUCAGUCCGGUCAUUCCGGGAACGAUCCGGACCCGACUCGAGACGAGUAAAGUAUUGACACCCAAAUAUUCUUAAUGUCCUUUUUGCAGCGUCACACCCGCAUCGUUGACUUUCGAAGCGAGGUGUACGGCCAAUUCGUUCACGUAUCCCGUUGGUCCGACCACGGGGAUCCCGGCGUCGCAGACUUCGCUCGUUUGGGAUCCGUACGCGUAAGUCUCAACUCGGUUCAACCCCUUGACCUCGAACGAUCUUUGAUUUGAUGUCAUUUUUUUUUCCCUUGCCUCAACAGCUACGUACAAUCAGCCGGUGCGAUCCCGUUUGCGCAAGCUUCUUACACUUUACGCGUCUAUGACGAACGAGGGAUCAACGCCGCUGCGACGGGAGGCUACUUCAAUGGCGCGCAAUCGGUCGUUUAUUUUGCGUUGUAUUCACCCGCGGCUUAUACUCCGCUUGCGAGUGGUUAGUGACAUGGAAUGAUCGCGGUGGGGGAUGACCGAGCGAAUAGAGCUGAUGGAACGGGUUCUCUACACUUUGUGGUCGGCAUAGGUUGGACAUGCGUCACUUGUUCGGCGGCGAUGGUGACCAAACAUCUUUCGCAUCCUUUGGUGAUCGCUUUGCCGGUGACGAUCGCGUUGGUGUUGAUUGGUGGAGCGGGGGUUUUGUAUAGAUGA